AUUUAUGUCAGGUAAUGUUUUGCCCAUGUUUUCUUCUAGGAGUUUUAUGGUGUCCUGUCUUACAUUUAAGUUUUUAAGUCAUUUUGAGUUUAUUUUUGUGUAUGAUGUGAAGAGCUGAGUCUUAAAGAGGCAAAGCACGCCCUGGAGUCGAGGCUAGGAAGGACAUUCUAGGCCAGAGAAAUGGCUGUGCAAAGGCAGGAGGCAUGGGGAAAUUCAGGAUAUUUGUGACUGCAACCAUACAACUUAUGCUGUACAAAGAAAUGUUUGAGACAAACGGCUUUUGUAUGCUGAGAAGUAUGCUCUGCGCCCAACAAAGCAAAAGUCUGUUUCAGCCAGGAGAACAUUCACAACUGGGAAACAGCCAGGUGAGAAAUGCCCACAACCUAAAUUGUUCAGGUUUAGAAAAUGACCCGGCAAGUCCUGUCACUGCUUCCUAUGAGAUCUGACUUACUCCGCAUCAGUCUGUGACGGCUCCAAGGCCGCCUCCCACGGUUUCUAUCUCCACAGCUCACUCUAAGCCCUAGUCUGGGCGCAAAGGCGGAUCAAUCGCUACUCGGUGGGAUUCGAGGUGGGGUGGGGGCGGAGAACAAGGUCUAACCUCAGGUCAGGCGCCCAGAAGAGGGCCUGGAGGUUGUCCCCAGGAUGACCCGACCUCCCGGGGUAGUUGAAGCGCCCCUGUUACCAGGCUCACUGCAGGGGAAGCCUGGGGUUUGCUCCCCGCUCAUUGGUCUGCAGAGAAGCGCCUCCGAGGACCCGCUGUUACCGAGGCGAGGACGAGAGCCUAUUGGUCAGGACACCUCACAAUGGCCCCCCGGCCACGCAGGGUUCUUCCCAUUGGUUCGCUGCCUGCCUCGGGAGACCCCUAUUGCCUAGAACACAGGCCUGCUACUUGGCGCGCCUGGAACGAGCGCCCCCCAGCUGAGCCCUGUUCCUCAUUGGCUGCUCCUAUCUAAUGAAGAGCGAGGCGCAGAGCCCCCCGGGCACUCUCUCCCUGCAGUAGGAUCUAGCUCUGCUGGAGUGGGACCCGCCCGCGACGGCAGGAGCCAAAGCUGUGCAAAGGCCAGGAGCCCAGCAUCUCUGAGGAGGACACCUGUUCUCCGCGGGGACCUGAACUGGAUCGCAGUGCAGGCCUCCCAGCGUGAAGCUCUGCAUCUCCGACUUGAAACUCAACCCGGCAACCUCCAUAUUAGGAAAUCCCGUGCCCUGAAGGCUUCGUCGGACUGAGAUCCAAGAGUGGUGGAGACAAGUGAAAGCCCAGAGGGACCAUGUUCUACUAUCCCAACGUGCUCCAGCGCCACACCGGCUGCUUCGCCACCAUCUGGCUGGCAGCCACGCGCGGCAGCCGGUUGGUGAAGCGCGAAUACCUGAAGGUGAAUGUGGUGAAGACCUGCGAGGAAAUCCUCAAUUAUGUGCUGGUUCGAGUGGAGCCCCCGCUGCCCGGUCUGCCAAGGCCCCGCUUCUCCCUUUAUCUGUCAGCCCAACUCCAAAUUGGCAUCAUCCGGGUCUACUUCCAACAAUGCCAGUACCUCGUAGAGGACAUCCAGCACAUCCUGGAGCGCCUGCACCGGGCCCAGCUGCAGAUUCGCAUUGAUAUGGUGGAGACUGAACUACCCAGCCUGCUGCUUCCUAACCACCUGGCCAUGAUGGAGACUCUGGAAGAAGCUCCAGACCCUUUUUUUGGGAUGAUGUCUGUGGAUCCCAGACUCCCCAGUCCCUUCAAUAUCCCUCAGAUUCGACACCUCUUAGAGGCUGUGACCCCAGAGAGAGUUCUUGAGGAGAUUCCUCCUGAAGUCCCUACAGAGCCCAGGAAGCCAGACAGGAUUCCGGUCACUGUGGUGUCUCCUGAAGCCAUCACGAUCCUGGAGGAGGAACCCAUACGUAUGCUGCAAAUCGAGGGUGAAAAAGACCUCCCAGAGAUCAGCCGCCGAGACUUGGACCUGCUGAUUGCUGAGGAAGACGAAGCCAUCUUGUUAGAGGAACGUCGUCGGCUGGGUAGGCCUAUCCGGGAAGGUAGGGCCUACCCAGCGCUGGAUGGUCAGGCCUCCGCACGGGCAGUCUGGGCCUGGGCCAUGCUCCCAUCUCUUCUCUUCUGUGUUCUGAGCCCUGAUCCUCUCUCUGCAGAGGCCAAGGAGGAGCCCCGGGCCCCAGAGGAGGAGAUCGCAGUUCCCCCGCCCUCACCUCUAGCUCUUGCAGAGCUACUUCCAGGCCGGGUCCCGGUCCCCGAGGAGCCGAAGCUGCCAGUCUGGGAGCCCAGGGCCCCACUUCCUGAGGUGACCCCCCCGCGGGAGUUGCGUCUGCCAGCCCCACCAAGCCCAGAGCGGAGGAGGCCCCCAGGCCCCCCACCUCCAGGGGCCCCACCUGCUCGCCGCCGCCGCCGGCUGUUAUUCUGGGACAAGGAGACCCAGAUCUCCCGGGAGAAAUUCCAGGAACAACUGCAAACCAGAGCCCACUGCUGGGAGUGUCCGAAGGUGCAGCCUCCUGAGAGGAUGAUCAUAAGCCCUGCCGAGCUGUUCCAAACCCCGACUCACCCUGCCCUGCUGCCCCCAGAGCUGCUGGCUUUCUGGACCCACUCUGCCCAGCCACCCCCAAGAGCACUCAGGCGAAGGCCGCCUGAGGAGGCCGAAGAGGAGGCCGCAGCCGAGGAGGAAAGGAGAAAGGCUGAAACUCCAAGUGAUAUUGAGGCCCUGAGGGAGGCCCUGGAGCCCAGUGGGCCCCUCAUGGUGUCAGAGAUCUCCCUAGAAGCGGCUGAGGAGGAGAGGGCCCGCGUCAGCCUCGUCCCCCCAGAAGAGCGGUGGGCCUGGGCUGAGGUGGAGCAGCUGGAGCCCCCCGUGUUGCCCGCAGUGCCUGAACUCCCUGAGGUGCCUGUGGAGAUGCCUGUGCCGCUGCCACUGGAGCCUGAGCUGCUCUCGCUGGAGGCCGUGCACAGGGCAGUGGCACUGGAGCUGCAGGCCAACAGAGAGCCCGACUUCAGCAGCCUAGUGCCACCUCUCAGCCCCCGCAGGAUGGCCGCCCGAGUCUUCUACAUGCUGCUGGUGCUUGCUGCACAGGAGAUCCUUCGUGUGAAACAAGAGAAGCCAUACGGGCGCCUCCUGAUCCAGCCGGGACCCCGAUUCCACAGCGGUUAGAGCUCAUUUACAAAGCGGUCAGGAAACUGCGUAAAACUAGGUCCUGCCUCACUAGGCCCUGCCUGCCUCAUUAUGAACAGGCAUCUCUGUCCUUCCUGUUCUCAGAGCUACUGUUCAAGCAGAAAAUAAACUGCCUUUAUUACA